UUAUUGCACUCUUAUCAACAAAAGAUCAAAAUUUAGUCCGCCGACAGAAAGAAGAUAUCGAGUCUGACGAAGAUUGACUUCACUUGCUGCUGCUCCAUCCAAUUCAACGGCUGGUUCAGAGAUCCCGACGGCGACGAUGGCCGGCCGAAUCGACGUCUUCUGGCACGAAGGGAUGCUGAAACACGACACGGGCACCGGUGCUUUCGACACCGGAAUCGACCCAGGGUUCCUUGACGUCCUCGAGAAACACCCGGAGAACGCCGACCGGGUCAGGAACAUGCUCUCCAUCCUCCGCCGGGCCCCCAUCUCUGCGUACGUCUCCUUUCACUCCGGCAGGCCAGCUCUCAUCUCCGAGCUGCUCACCUUCCACUCUCAAGAAUACAUCAACGAGCUAGUUGAAGCAGACAGAAAAGGCGGGAAGGUGGUGUGCCCUGGUACGUUCCUGAAUCCCGGAUCUUGGGAAGCUGCUCUCUUGGCAGCUGGGACGGCUCUCUCUGCGAUGAAACACAUACUCGACGGCAAUGGGAAGGUCAGUUAUGCCUUAGUUAGGCCUCCGGGUCAUCAUGCCCAGCCCACACAGGCAGAUGGUUAUUGUUUCCUGAACAAUGCGGGAGUAGCUGUUCAACUAGCGUUAAGCUCGGGGUGCCAGAAAGCUGUGGUUAUUGAUAUUGAUGUUCAUUAUGGGAACGGCACUGCAGAGGGUUUUUACGGCUCUAGUAAAGUUCUUACAAUCUCUCUCCAUAUGAAUCACGGGUCCUGGGGCCCAUCCCAUCCACAGAAUGGGACAGUGGAUGAGCUGGGUGAAGGAGAAGGAUUCGGAUACAACUUGAAUAUACCUUUGCCUAACGGAACAGGAGACAGGGGAUAUGAAUAUGCAAUGACCGAGCUUGUCGUCCCUGCGGUGGAGAGGUUCGGGCCCGAUAUGAUCGUCCUGGUAAUUGGACAAGACUCCAGUGCUUUCGAUCCAAAUGGGAGGCAGUGCUUGACAAUGGAAGGAUAUAGAAAAAUUAGUCGGAUAAUUCACGGCCUCGCAAAGAAGCACAGCGGUGGGCGAGUUCUGAUAGUUCAAGAAGGUGGGUAUCAGGUCACAUACUCUGCCUACUGUCUCCACGCCACAUUAGAAGGCUUUCUUGAUUUACCAAAAGCUCUGUUAGAUGAUCCCAUCGCUUAUUACCUCGAAGACGAGGCUUUCACCGUGAAAGUUGUGGAAUCAAUUAAACAGUACCAUCAGGAGAAGAUACCGUUCUUAAAGUAAACUUGAGGUGAAAAGUUAUGUCACGCCGCGAAGUUUGCAACUUGUGGAUGGAAAUGUUCUGAAGCGGAGCAUAAAAAGGUAUCCGUUGGUGAGGCAGUCGCAAUGCAGCGGAGUUUUUGUCGACUUUGCUUGGAUUCUGUCCACUCAUUCUUAGCAGCACGAUCAAGAAAGUUGAGUUGGACACUCAAGUACUGGUGGCGGUUAGAUCUGAAUCUUGCCCUUGAUUUGUGUCUCAUUAGUAUUCUUUCUUCAUGCUUGAUAUUAUUUAUUGUACUUUUUUCUCUUGUCGAGCUUUAUGUGGACAAAAUGAGAUGAUGAUUGGUCAAUAAAGGGUGCUCGGCGUAGUUUUGGAAACCGGACCGGACGGUUGAACCGAUUCUACUGGGAACUGAAUAUAUGAAAAUCGGGCGGUUUUUUAA